GCUUGUGCAAGUUAGCUAGCUCUAAAUCAGGAGAUAGAGGGCGCUGUUGAUCGUCCAACAUGGCAGUCUGUGUCGCAGUGAUAGCGAAGGAGAACUAUCCGCUGUACAUCACCACAAUACCGACGGAAAAUGAACUCAAGUUUCACUACACUGUGCACACGUGUCUGGAUGUCAUCGAGGAGAAGGUGUCGGCUGUCGGGAAGAGUGUGAAUGACCCCAGGGAAUUGUAUCUUGGCCUGCUGUAUCCGACAGAGGACUACAAAGUCUAUGGAUACGUCACAAACACAAAAGUCAAGUUUGUCAUUGUGGUGGAGUCAUCCAAUAUGCAGCUGCGAGACAACGAGAUCCGAAAUAUGUUCAAGACUCUCCACAAUGCCUAUGUGGACAUGCUGUGCAAUCCUUUCUACACCCCAGGCGAAAACAUUAAAUCCAAGACUUUUGACAACACAGUGAUGCAGAUGAUGGUACAAGACUGAAAUAUGUCUCUCCCAAAAUACAUGUCUCGUCAAGCAUUGGCUGAGGGGGAGAAUGAUAAAGGUGGACAUUGAAAUGAAAUACAUGUACCUGCCCUGUUGGCAGAGGGCGGAAGUGGGAUGCCUAUCUAUCCGUAGGCAGGUGGAAAACAAGAUCAUUUGUGGAAACAAGUUUUAAGAGGUGAUGCAGGCACAGUAUUAAGGAUACAGUAAACUCGGACUAAGUUGGCAUCGCGUAACUCGUCAUGUCGUCUAAGUUGGCCUUUUGACAAAAGUCCUGUAAUGCAUUUCCAUUGACAAUUUUCAUUCCUAAGUCAGCAUUUAUAAGUUGUCAUUAAGUUAUAAGUCAGCAUGUUUUUCUCGUUCCCUUUUCUACAAAACCACAAAAAUUCCUUUGUGUAAGUUGGCAUUAAAAAAAAUUGUGCUUCGGUAUCAGUUUCCUUAGCCGCAGUUGUCAAGAAGUGUCAAGUGACAAGUCCCACACUGCUUGACUGAUAUCUGUUUAUUAGCAGCAGGUACAGACCGUGGUUGAUAAUCGGCCAGCAUGAGUACACUAAUCCCCAUGUUUCGUGCAGUCAGUACAGUUUGUACAUUAUUCGCAUACACG